AUGGCAUUCUCUCGGUCGUUACUUCGGUCCGGGAGGCGUGCUGACAAGGCCUUUCUGAGGCCGCGAAGCACGGUGGGACAGACAGCUCUGGACCGUCCUUCAAAAAGCAGUGUCUCCUUUAUCUCUCGCAAUCUCGCAGUGAUCUCAGAGUCGCGGCUUGAUGAAUUUAUGCGAGCAGAGCUUAGCAUCUUUGCAAAGCAGCGGCCACCACAGCCAUUGUCGUUCUUGGAUGUGAUCAAAGCAUCAUCAUGUCUGGAGGGAUUGGCGCAGCUCGUUCAUCAGGAGCUACCUGUGCGCUUUGCUCGGCGUCUCAAGCACAUAGAGCGGGUGGACAAGUGGGAACAGAUUCCAGAGCUGGUUGAUCUCCAUGCCAUGCACAUCCAUUCCUUCAGGGAACUGCGAUUGUCUGAUCCGUCGAAACCUGCAGAAUACGCGGAGGCUAUCCUGCAGAUCCGGCAGCGCCACAAGCGCCUCCCACGGCUUUUUGCUGAGGCCGUGAAGCGAAUCGCAUCUAUCAAUGAAGCACCCAGCGAAACGGAGGAUGAGCAAAGCACCCACCUGGAGCUCUGGGCAGAGACAUUUCUGCGUUCUCGCGUAGCCAGCGAACUGCUAAUGUCCCACUUUGAGGCCUGUGUGAAGACAGCUGGAUUCGAUGAGGAAACCAAGGUCGGCAUCAUAGACAUGAAGUGCGAUCCAUGGCAAAUCUGUGAAUCGGCUGUUGUUGCCACUCAGGAUGGACCAUAUCCAUGUCAUAUUGAGACGGAAAGCCCGCCUGAGAAGAUCGAGUUCUGUCAUGUACCUAGAUAUCUGUACUACAUUAUGGAGGAAAUUCUUUCAAACAGUGCGCGAGCAGCGGCUGAAAAGGCCCAGAAGGAUGGAGCAGAGCCGACCCCCAUUCGCGUCUCCUUGUGCGCGGACGACAGCCAGGUGGUUAUCCGCGUCAGUGACCGCGCCGGUGGGAUGCAUUCCAAAUGCGCAAGUGAGGUGUGGUCAUACUUAUUCACUACCUCACCAGUGCAUGCUGCCUCAGCACAGCGUGUAGAGCCGCAUCGACCUUGGGGUGUUGACGGGCAUGGCGAGAGCCCAAUGGCCGGGCGUGGCAUAGGCCUGCCACUUUGCCGUCUCUAUGCCAUGUAUUUGGGUGCAUCCCUGCACCUAAUGAACAUGCCUGGUCUAGGCGUGGAUGCUUACCUGUUCUUGAACCGGAUAGAUCCAGCAGAUGCAUUGCAGGCCUCCAUCUCUGCGCCUUGA